GUGCUGUCAAUCAGUGACAUCCAGCUAGUACAAAUAAAGCAAAAGCACUCAAGUAUUUACCAGUGCUGCAAAUUAUCAGGAACUUCUAUGUAGUACUUUUGGACACUCUGGAAUAUUUGCAUUUUGGUGUAUUGUAAUAUUUAAAAAAUAGCAGUAAUCAAAGCUGGCGGAUUCCGAAGAUCAAAUUAAAUUUUGAAGACGUUUGCAGCAGCUUGAAGUCAACAUUUUGUUCCAGGAUUCGGGAAAAAACCCGGAAGUUGUCGUUGAAUGAACAAAGACAUUUGGAGGGGAAAAAAAAUGAUCGUCGGAGUUUUGCCGGCGUCUCUUCUUCUCCUUCUCUUGAUUCUGCUGGGGUCAUGUGACACGUGUCUGCCAAACGCCGACUCGGCGUACGCGUCCACCGGCGCCGUGUGUCGCCUCACCUACCCCGCAGCCGUCGUCUUGAACGAGAAAACCACCAAAGUGAUCGAGGCGGCGUUCCAGCAUGCCAGAUAUCCUGGCGUGAAGGCCGAGAAGUCGGUGCCCUUUUUGGGCGUGGUCUCAUACGGCCUGGAAAAUUUGGAGAUUCACAACCUGACGAUCGGUCGAAGCUCCUUUGAUCUCCGUGCCGGUGAAGGCAUCGCCAUGGAGAUAAGCAACGUUUCCGCCGCCUUCACCGGGACCAUCCAUUACGGAUACGGCAGCUGGGUUGUCAACGUUAACCAAUCAAUCAACUUUGAGAUCGAGUCUCAGAUUGACCUUGAAAUCAAUCCGAAACUUUACUGCGGAAAAGGCAAAGUAGCAGCAGACACUUCGUCUUGUUACUUAAACUUUGACAAACUACUUUUGCGCCUGCAGGGAGACCGAGAACCCAACUUGCUGAAGAGGCUCUUCACAGACUUCAUCCUGUUCACUGUCAAACUCGUAGUCAAGGGGCAGAUUUGUAAAGAGAUCAACAAAGUGGCAAACAUAUUGGCAGAUUUCAUACAAGAAAGAGCAGAGAAGUUCCUGAGUGACGGAGACAUCGGUGUGGACAUCGGUGUGACUGCUGCCCCGGUCAUCACUGCCAAAUACAUAGAAUCGUACCACAAGGGGUUUACGAACUAUAAAAACACGUCUUCAGUCAUCGAGGAGUCUGCUUUCAACCCAAGUCAGCUGACUGAUAACAGGAUGCUCUACUUUUGGAUCUCAGACCAGGUCUUAAGGCCGAUGAUGACAGCUGCCCACCAAGAUGGUCGCUUCGAGCUCCAUGUCACCGGAAAAGACUUGAAGGAGGAUUUCAACACAAAUUUCUCCGCAACCAUGCCUGAUUUUAUCCGAAAGUGCCUUGUAGAAACGGGUCAUCCAGAUCUUCACGUGUGGAGUUCUUCAGUUCCCGACAUAAACACGUCCUCCUUCGGCACAACCGUCAGGGCGGAGGCCUCUGGUUGCCUGCGGUGUGACGGUCAAGACACACUCCUCUUCCAAACUUUCAUCACCACAAAUGUCAGCGCUUCUUACGCCAAAAAACACCUCUUACUGCACAGCAAACCUGCAGAAAUCGUUAUUCUACAUGCUGAGCUCUACCAAAACCCUCUGGUUGAUCAAGCACAACUGGAGUUCCUAGAAGAAGCUUUGAGGAGGAUAGGCAUCCCCAAAGUGCUGACUGUGCUUGAGAAGGAAAUAACCAGGCUGUUGGACAAACAGGGAGCAUACUUAUUCGACAUCGAUGACCCAGAAGUGCUUCCUCAGGAUGGCUUUGUGCUUAUUCAGAUGGACUUUGGUUUCCCUCAUCACCUCCUGGUGGACUUCCUGAAGAAGAUGCUACAAUGACCACCAAACAAGCAAACUUGAUGGUCACAUUUUGUUUGUUAAGUUACGUUAAGGUACCACAUCACAUGAUGACACAAUGCAACAUGUUUGAAAAGGAGUCCUGACCCCUUCUUUAUAUAUAAAUGUAUAUAUAAAUAAAACU